CCCAUUUUCGGCCUAAUAAUGCAGCGAACAGCAAACAAUCGAUGUGACUUCCGUAUCAAGAUAUUCGGUAUAUAUUCCGUGACUCCGUCCAUGUAAACAGAUCAGAAACUCAAAAAUAACGGCCAUCCUUUUCACCAGCCACUAUUUCUAUCUCAUUGCCCCAACACCGCUAAUCAAUUCAUCCGGAUCCAUCUCUACUCAAGAAUCGAAAUGGCCACCCCAGAAGAACGCUACUCCACCCAAGCCAGUGUAACUCCCCACUGGCUCUCCGACACCACCCUCUGGUACCUCCGCGCAUCCGCCUUGGGCACAACCGAAUUCAUCUUCGUCGACGCUCAAUCCCCGUCCCGCCGCCCGGCCUUUGACCAUGCCCUCCUCGCGCAGAAGCUAGCCGAGCAUACGGGCCAGGAAGUGGACCCUUCCGCACCCCCCUUUUCAUGGAUCGAACUCGCGCCCGACGCAUCCACUGUGCGCUUCCGCUUUUCCGGGAAGACUUUCCAGUUCCUCAACGGAGAUGGAGAGCUGGAAGUCUGGGAGGGUGAUUUUGGGACCAAGCUGGAGCCCUUGGCGGCGGAGGAGCCGAGUACGAACGGCGGGGAAAAGGCGGGACUCGUCAUUGUGAAUCGGACUGCUGGGGUGUUGAGGGUGUUUUGGAUCGAUUCCAAUGGGGAGGCCGUGAAGUAUGCGAGUAUCGAGGCGGGGAAGGAGUUGGAGAUGAGGACUUAUGUUGGACAUGUGUGGCGGGUGGAGGGGGAGGAUGGGAUGAGGAAGGUCUAUAAGGCGGUUGAAGGCGAGGGACUGGCUGUUGUUGAAGGGUGGAAGACCAAGCUGGAGCCCUUGCCAGUAGAAGAGCCGAGUACGAACGGUGGAGGUACGACGUUACUGACCAUUGUGAAUCGGACCGCGGGGGUGUUGAAGGUAUUUUGGAUCGAUUCCAAGGGGGUCGCCGUGGAUUAUGGGAGAGUCGAGGCGGGGAAGGAGUUGGGGAUGAGGACUUAUGUUGGACACGUGUGGCGGGUGGAGGGGGAGAAUGGAGAAAGGAAGGCUUAUAAGGCGAUUGAAGGCGAUGGAGUGGCUGUUGUUGAAGGAUGGAAGACGAGGGAGGCGGCGGAUGGGAGCAAGGAGAAGAGGGAUGCUGAAGCGGAACAACAUGGGAUUUUUGUGCGGGAUUAUGAUGUCUGGAUCCGUGAUGCCGAAGGUGAGCACAGAAUCACCGACAGCGCCUCGUCGGGGACUCGAUUCGACUCUGGCAAAAUUAUUCGGAGCGCCGAUGGCAAGUUCUCGGUUGUUUGGGAGUAUACACCCGAGGUAGGGUAUUCGCUUAACCUGGUCGAGUCGACACCGAAAGAUCAGCUCCAGCCAAAACUCACUACCACGACAUAUCUUAAGCCAGGAGAUAAAGUAAGGGUCGACCGACCCCGGAUGUUUGACGUUGAAGGCAGAGUCGAGGUUUCAACCGACGACACUUUGUUCCGGAACCCGUACUACAUCCGCAACUUGGGCUGGAACCAAGAUGGCGACGAGUACCGUUUCAUCUUCAACGAGCGCGGCCACAAGCACCUACGGGUGAUUGGCAUGGAUCGUCAAGGAGCAGUUCGAUCCAUUGUCGAAGAGAGCAGCGAGACAUUUAUCAACUACUCGCAGAAGAUGUACUAUCUCGUCUCCCCAGACACGACCGAACUUCUCUGGACGAGCGAGCGGGACGGAUGGAAUCACUUGUACCUCUACGACAUGAAAUCCGGGGAAGUCAAGAGCCAAGUAACCAGUGGCGAGUGGGUUGUCCGGGAAGUCGAGAGAGUCGACUGGAACACCCGCCAAGCAUGGCUCACCGUGUACGGCAUCAUCCCAGACCAGGAUCCAUACUAUGCACAUUUGGCCCGAGUCAACCUGGACGGCUCCGAAUUCACCCUCCUCACCGAAGGCGACGGAACCCAUUCCUGGACUUUUUCCCCCAACAACCACUACCUCCUCGACACCUACUCACGAAUCGACCAGCUCCCGGUCACCAACCUCCGCGACGCCUCUUCGGGCAAUCAAGUCAUCGAAGUCGAAGGCGACGAUACCGUCUCUCUGAUCGCCGAAGGCUGGAACGCCCCCGAGAUUUUCACCAGUCCAGGCCGGGACGGCACCACGCCCAUCCACGGCAUCAUCGUGCGACCCAAGGACUUUGACCCCUCCAAGCAGUACGCUGUCAUCGAGGACAUCUACGCCGGUCCGCAGGACUUCUUCACUACCAAGCCCUUCACGCCCAGCCUCGGCCAACGCGAGCUCGCAGACAACGGUUUCGUCGUCGUCAAGCUCGACGGCAUGGGCACGAACUGGCGGUCCAAGGCCUUCCACGAUGUGUGCUACAAGAACCUCAAGGACGGGGGAAUCCCAGACCGCAUCGCCUGGAUCAAGGCGGCAGCGAGCACCCGUCCCUGGAUGGAUCUGUCCCGUGUCGGUAUCUGCGGCGGAUCCGCGGGCGGACAGAACGCUGCGGCGGCGUUGAUCUUUCACGGGGGGUUUUACAAGGCGGCUGUGGCGGACUGCGGGUGUCAUGAUAAUCGCCUGGAUAAGAUGUGGUGGAACGAGCAGUGGAUGGGGUGGCCGGUGGAUGAGUCGUACGCGGCGUCAUCGAACGUGGUGCACGCGGCGAAUUUGACAGGGGCGCUGCUGCUGAUGGUGGGGGAGUUGGAUGAUAAUGUCGAUCCCGCCUCGACGCUGCAGUUGGUGAAGGCGCUGAACGAUGCGGAUAAGGAUUAUGACAUGCUCUUGAUGCCGGGGAAGGGGCAUGGUGCGGGAGAUUCGGGUUACGGGAAACGGAGAAGGUUGCAGUUUCUCAGGCGGUGGCUUGAGUAGAAGAUAUCUGAGCGAUGGAGUUAGUAGAGGAUAAGAGACAAGCUCCCGGUCCAUAUUGAAGGUACCUGAAGCUUCAUCAUCAUUGAGCGUAUGUCCCAC